AAACAUAGUGGCAACGCCAUCUCUGUCGAAAGCGGCAUCAACAAUUCAACGCGGAGGAAAUUAUUAUUUUACAAUCAUUGUGUUGAUUAAAUUGUGCAACCACUUAAAGCAGCUGCGCAAUGAAAAUACUAUGCGAGGUGCAAGUGGUUAAUCGCACUACACAAGCAAAUCGAACACCUAGAGCUGUGAAAUCUACACUCGCCAUUGGGUAUAAGCAAAGUGCGCGCGAUUCCAAUGGCAAUACCAAAAAGGAGCUGGAGAUGGUGUUGUUUACACCCCAAGUCAAGGCGGGAACGCGGUACAAGGUGCGGGACAACAUACACAGCGUGCACACAAAGUUCGUGCUAGAUGGCAAGGCAACGAUUGGUUUCAAACAGCCUGCAGAGAAUCUGCUAAUCAAAUGUGAUCCUAUACAGCUGAAAGGCUUCCUUCAAACUCUCAAGCUAGGCAUGGAGGGUAAGGAUGCCAUUAAUCUGAGACUGAACAUAGCGUCAGCGACGGCCAUACCGCAAAAGUCCCAGCCACAGCAACGCAUGACGAUCAACAAACGCAGCGAGUAUCCCAUCAAAGGAUUUCCGCGCACACUUAAAUCACUGUCAAUUAACAAUAUACAACUAAUAAAGCUUAGCUUCGAGGUCUGCACGCUGCGCAAUCUAACCCAGCUGGAUGUGAGCGGCAAUAAGCUGACAAAGAUUCCUGCUGAGCUUGGUAGAUUGGCUUUGACCUCGCUGCAUUUGAGUGGCAAUGCCUUAGGCGAGCUCAACGAUUGGAGCUGGCUGCGUGGCAACAAGUUGACGCAAUCGCUCUGCGAGCUGGACUUAUCGGCUAACGGACUCGACUACUUUCCGCCUGCAUUGGUUAGAUACGAGCGUCUGGUUACGCUAAAUCUCAAUCACAACAAUCUGCAUCACCUGCCCUUUGCCAUACGUCGCCUGCAAAAGCUGCGUUCGCUGCACGUGUCCAGCAACAAAUUGGAAUCAUUGCCCGCGGCCAUAGAAGAUUUGCACAUCGAUUUGCUCGAUGUUUGGGGCAACUGCUUCAAAGGUUUCAAUGUGGAGGCCGCCCAAACUCAACUGCAACGCACCACUGCCUCACACACACCGACGCCGCUUUGGUUGCAAUCUGCACGCGUCGUCGCCAACCACAAAUUGCCCUAUUCGGCGAGCACAUUGCCCGCCAUACUCAUCGAACUCAUCUCGGAGGCGCCCAAGUGUCUGUGUGGCAAACUGUGCUACGCGCUAGAGGCGCAGGAUUUGCUGAAGCGUGUGACGCAACCGAAGUUUACGCACAUUAAAAAUCUGACCUACAGUCGCGAGCAUCAGAUCUAUUCGGAUGUGAUCAUCUGUGGUCCCAAUUGCUGUGCCUAUCAGCAGCUUAAAGCGCUGUUUACAAUUCGAAUUGCGUGAGCGUUUCAUUUUCAUAUUUUUCAAUUUGAAUAGCCCUCGGUUUGGCAUUUUAUUUUAAAUGAUUAGUUUCAUUCCAGUUAUAUUAUUUAAAAUUUCAAAUGACUGAUAAUUACGUUACCCACAUUAUAAAAAUAAAAACGAA